AUGGAUGUUCCUUUGCCCGAAUUGGUGGGGCCUGGACACGACCGGUACGUACCGGACCUGCGGCCCUCGUUGGAGACGAAAAAGUCUUGGACCAGCCUGCCAUUGGAAAUUUCUCCCAUCUCCAUCCACGCACACGCGCGCUUUCACGAGCUCUCACUGCACGUGGAACGCACGUUCCGUGCGGUCGCUAUGAUUUUAUAA